AUGGGUAAAGAAUUCGACAUUGUGAAAUCGAAAGGUUCGGAAAACUUUCAUUCGUGGAAAUUCGCAAUAGAAAAUGUAUUGGCUUUUCAAGAACUGUCAACUGCAUUAAAGCCUGCAAGCACUUUGACACCAAAUAUAGCAGUCUUAACGGAUGCAGCAAAACUGGCAAAAGCAAAAGCAAUCAUUUCACUUAGUGUUGAAACUCAUAUAUAUGUGCACAUUCAAACGGCCGAAUCAGCUCUUGAAAUAUGGAAUAUAUUAAAAAACCUAUAUGAGGAUCGUGGCCUUUCGAGUGAGAUCUCGCUUUGGCACGAAGUAACUACAACAAGACUUGAGGAUUGCGAUAACAUGAAUGACUAUAUAGCCAAGCUAAAAUCAUCGUUUAAUAAGCUGCAUGGAAUUGGUUUUCCGAUGAAUGACAGAGCAAUAGUGGCGUUCACGCUUGCUGGACUUACUGAGGAAUUUCGACCAGUAAUAUAUAGUUUGGAAACAAAUACGGAGCCGGUCACAUCAGAUUUCGUUAAUUCUAAAUUAUUCGAUCUACAGCUAUCGAAUGCAUCAAGUGCUUUUUUCAACAAGGGGAAGAAAUUCAAAAAACCAAAGAGAAAGUGUUUCUCUUGCGGAUCCAAAUUUCAUCUUAGCAAUGCAUGUGACAAAAAGGAGUCGAAAAAUGAUCAAAAUGAUAAGAAAUCUGAUAGAAAAGAUGAUUCCAAGAAGAAAGCUGCAUUUGUAACACUUAUUUGCAAAGACGAUACAUUUGAUGACGAAUGGCAUAUUGAUUCCGGCUGCGGACGUCAUAUGACACCCAGCGAUAAAAAUAUGCGCAGUGUGAAGCAUUUCAAUAUAAGUGAAAUAACAAGUGCGAAUAAUGGCAAAAUGAAAGUAGAAAAACGUGGAAAAGUGACGAUCGAGCUAAAAGAUACUGAAAUUGAAGCAGACGAUGUGCUACACAUGCCUGAUAUUGUGGUGAAUUUACUUUCAGUAUAUAAAAUCUGCCAAAAGGGCAACAUUGUGAUUUUCAAUAAAAAUGCAUGCACUAUUAAAAUGCAAACGGCGAAAUUAUUGUGA